UCAAUGAAAGCGCAGCCGGGAGUUGUGUAUGUGUGUAUAUGUGUGUGUGUGUGUGUGUGUGUGAAUGUGUGUGUGUGUGUGAGCCCACUAUAAAACUUCAAGCAAAGUCAUUUAUGUGAGAAAAAGCCAGUGCGAUAAGCGACUUUGAUUCAGUGUGAAGGAGUUCUGCGAGGUGUCCAGAUGACGUCAUUUCCCAGGGAACGCUCUCUCUCUGUUUGAUGUAAACGACAUUAAGAGAAACAAAGCUGUUGAAGGACCACAGAAGGCAUGGCUAACUGGUUUCUGUCUAAAUGGAAACUCUGGUUACUAGUUCCACUAGUGUUGGACUCUUUUACUGACGCCCAAGACCUGAAACCCACAAGAUGGCCUCUGUAUCAGGGUAAGCCUCUACUGCUAGCCUGGAACGCCCCCACUGAGGACUGCCGGCCACGCCAUGACGUUCAUUUUCAGCUGGACCAGUUCCAGAUUGUGGCUUCACCCAACGAGGGUUUCACCAAACAGAACCUCACCAUUUUCUACAAGGAUCGUCUUGGCCUGUACCCAUAUUUUAAUUCUGACAACAAUCCAGUGAAUGGUGGCCUUCCUCAAAUUGCCAGCCUGACCCAGCACCUUGAGAAGAUGCCCCAAGACAUAGUGAGAUACAUUCAUAACCCAGCAGCAAAAGGCCUUGCCGUCAUUGACUGGGAAGAAUGGCGCCCCCUUUGGAUUCGUAACUGGGAUACCAAGAACAUCUACAGAAACCAGUCACGGCUCUUGGUGUCCAAAAAGAACCCAACGUGGGACCAGAUCCAAGUGAACAAAGUGGCCCAGCAGGAGUUUGAAAUUUCUGGCCGUACCUUUAUGCUUAAGUCCUUGCAGCUGGCCAAAAGUCUGCGUCCAAACCAGCUUUGGGGAUUCUACCUCUUCCCUGACUGCUACAACCACGAUUACCUCAAAAGCCUGGAGAGCUACACGGGCCGCUGUCCGGACCCGGAGAUAGCAAGAAAUGACCAGCUGAGGUGGCUGUGGACGGACAGCACGGCACUUUUUCCAUCUGUCUACAUAGGUUCAGUGCUGCGUUCAACUGCAUUUGCCCGCCAGUUUGUUCGGAACAGGGUGAAAGAGGGCAUGAGAGUGGCAUCUCUGGGCUCUGACCUGGCACGUCCAGUGUUUGUGUACGUCCGCCCCACAUACGUCAAUGAGCUGGAGCUGCUUACUGAGAUUGACCUGGUCUCCACCAUUGGAGAAAGUGUGGCACUGGGUGCUGCUGGCAUUAUACUCUGGGGAGAUGCCAGUUAUGCAAGUAGCAGUGCCAGCUGUAGCAGUCUGGCUGAGUAUGUCCGAGGGCCACUGGGCCAUUACCUCCUCAAUGUUUCCAGUGCAGCUGAACAGUGUAGUCACUCAGUGUGUGGCUCCCAUGGCCGCUGUUUGCGCAGACACCCAGACUCAGAUUCGUACUUGCAUCUGGACCCUCAGAACCACAGAAUUGUGGUGCAGGGGAAACGCCUGGCUGUCGAAGGGCACAUGGGGACUGAGGAGCUCAAACGCAUGAGGCACGAUUUUAUCUGCCAGUGUUUUAGAGGCUAUCAAGGGUAUAACUGUGAGCUGCAGGAUCCCCAGUAUAACAAAGGACAGCGGCACAAACUGCAUGUAUCGUGGAGCUGCUGUCUUCUCUUUUUACUGCUCACGCUACUGAACUGAGACUUGUGGAAUACUGGACACUCAUACAGACUGCUAUGGGCAUUUAUACUUUUCUUGUGGCACAAAUGAAGCAUUUGCUUCUGUAAUUUUGUAGAAUGCAAACUCGUUGUACAGUUUCUAAUGCCUCUUUCAGAUUGGUAUACAGAUUUUUAUUAUAAUUUAAUAUUUUUUAUAUGAAUAUUCAGGGGUGUUCAGGGGAAAUCGGAUAGUUGGUUAACAAGUGCUACAUCGUACAAAUGUCAAUCUGAAGUCUUGGCAGCUUGUAUGCUAUGAAAGUUGUUACGAGUGUAGAAAGUUGUGUGUGUCCCCAGUGAGGACACAGUGCUGAUAUGAAAUUGUAUAAACACAGGGAAAUUAGUCCAAAUAAGCACUUUUGUUUAUUGUCACAGGUAAUGGAUUCACGAACGACAUCAGAGACUGAGGCAAAUCUGAGAAUCAUCAUUAUCAUACUGAUAAAUGUGUUUUGUCUGUAAGGGGUAAUUUAAAUUAAUUUAAAUUUAAAGGAAUAAUUCUUGAUAUUGUGUUGCUGUGAGAUGAUGGCGCUAUCACUAAAAGACUACUACUAAGACUUUUUAUUUGCUGUCAUAUAGACCUGAUUCACACAACUGUUUUAGGUUUACAUUCACGAUCGCUCUUUUAAUAAAUACACAACAUGCUGUGA